CUGCCUGCUGCCCUGCCCCAUCACAGGCGCGCGCGGCCCCGCCCUCGCUGGCGCCUUUGUUAUCAGAGCCCGGGGCCCUGGGGCUCCCGGCGUGGGCGGAGCAUACUCGCUACUGCCUGGUUUGGGGGUAAGACCUGAAGAGCUAAAUUUGUUACUCCGAGCCCUUUUGGGCGGCGAGGUUCCCUCUGGGAAUAUUAGCUCACAGCCCCCCUCUCCCCACACCGGAACACCUCAAUCUUGGGCAACUAGGCUAAGGGGCUUUUUGCUCUACUGCCCCCCAUGUCACGUGCUUUCCAGGAAUUAUCCCAUUUCUUAAACUCCUAGGUAUUCAUUUUGAAACUAACGUGUUUCUCCUUUGGCUUCCUACAUUAAAAUAGUAACCCCCAGAGUGGCCCUCAACGCUGUAAACCUGGUGUCUAGCCCAGUGCCUGGAACCCACUUAUCUUCAGUCAUGGUUAUGGAAUGAAUGAAUGAGGCGUGCCUGCUUUACAGGUAAAGAAUUUGAGGCAUAGAGAUUGAGUAACUUGUCCAAAGUAACUGCCUAGUUAGUGAUGAAAUUGUUUUUCUAACCUAUUUUUUUUUUUUUUUACUAGCUGGCUCCAGGACCCGAGUUCUUAAACAGACAUUCCACUGAAAGCCAGCUCAAGACUUUGAUUACCCUCUACAGCAGACCUACUGAAGGCAUACUUCUUCAGUAAAAUCCCACACAAUAGAUAGUCUCUGCAAGACACCUGAAUCCAAACAAAAUCCUUUUAGCAAUUCAGAGGAAGAAUGUUAAAUUGAUUUUCCCUCAGAAUGAGGACCAUUUUUCAGUUUACAAUUUAUAGCCUGUUGAAGGGACAUGAUAUUGUCUUUGAAGUAUAUCAGAGCAAGGCAUCCUGUGGGUACUCUGCCAACAUAAUGCAGUAGAAAUGAUCUGAACCCUUAAGCACGCAUUCAUUCAGAUCAACUGCCCAAUAACUAACCAGAAGAGCGUAAUGUGUCAUACCUAAAUGGUAUCUGUGGCACUUUAUCCUCGAGGGGUUGUUCCAAUAUAAUGUUAGUCAUGGUAAUACCUCUUGGACAAUCCCAGGAAGAAUAAGGAAAGAGGAUACCUCACAUUAGUUUUGGCACGUAAAUAGCACGUCCAAAAAAAAAAAAAAAAACCCCAGAACAGACAACCAAAGCUAUUCUGCUCAAACCUGCUUCUGCUUUGUGACUGGUGUUAACAGGUUCUCAGUCCCCCGCCUCUUGAAACUAAAGAAUCAUCAAUUCUUCCUUCUCUUCUUCAUAAACCAUUGUCCACUCUGUUGCUAAAAAUUCUCUAGUCUCAAAAUUUGAGCUAUAAUCCCAAAGCCAGAGCCCUGGCAGUGCAGUGGCUUAAAAGCUCGGCUGCCAGCCAAAAGGUCAGCAGUUCAAAUCCACUAGCCACUCCUUGGAAGCCCUAUCGGGGCAGUUCUCCUGUAGGGUUGCUAUGAAUAGGAAUUGACUCGAUGGGCAACGGUUUGUGUUUUUUUAAUCCCAAAGCCUGGGCCAUGGUAGUAUUCAUAAAAGCUGGAAUUAAUGCACGUUCUUGCCUUUUGAAGGAGCCCUGGUGGCACAAUGGUUAAAUGCUCGGCUGCUAACUGAAAGGUUGGUGCUUUGACCCCACCAGCCGCUCAGCAGGAGAAAAGACCUGGCUGUCUGCUCCCGUGAGGAUUACAGUGUAGGAAGCCCUAUGGGGCAGUUGUGUUCUGCCAUAUAGAGUCACUCUGAGUCAGAAUCAACUAGAUGGCAGAAACAGCUUGCCUUUUUAAUCUACUCUUCACACUUUAGCCACUCUCCUCUUCAAAAAUGUUCAAUGAUAUCUCAUUGCUUAAUAGAGUCCAAAAUUCUUUAGCUCUAGUCCCAACUCACCUUCUUACAUCCCCUAACCACCCUAUGCUCCUCCAUGCUAACCGGAAAAGCAUGAUGCGUCAUACCUACAUGUUCCCAUCUUGGCAUCUUACUUUGUUCUCUCCACCUGAACACCAUUACCUGGCCCAUCGUUGCCAGGCUCACCUCAGUUGGGAUGCCAACUUCUAGACAGCGUCUAUGUAUACUUCUCCCAGAUUUAAUUAUCGUUUUCUUUCGUCUGUGGUUUCCCAGUACUUUGCUUUACUCUCUAUAAUGGUUCUUCUAACAUCCUGCCUCAGAAAGUUCCUAGACUUUUCUCCUCAGCCCUUCAGUCUUCUUAGGAUUACAAAGUUCAGUUUCUCAGAGAGCUUAAGAGGAUCUUCACUAUGAUACCCAAACCCAAACUCAUUGCUGCCAAAUAGAUUCCGAUUCAUAGCCACCCUAUAGGAUGGAAUAGAACUGCCCCAUGAGAUUUCCAAGGCUGUUUUUUUAAUCAUUACAGAAGGAACCCUGGUGGUGCAGUGGUUAAAGCGCUUGGCUGCUAACCAGAAGGUCAGCGAUUUGAACCCAGUAGCCACUCUGUGGGAGAAAGAUUUGGCAGUCUGCUUCUGUAAAGAUUUACAGUCUUAGAAACCCUAUGGGGCAGUUCUACUCUGCCCUGUAGGGUCGAUAUGAGUUAGAAUUGACUGAGUGACAGUGAGCUUGGUUUUUGGAAUCUUUACAAAACCAGAGUGCCACAUCUGUCUCCCACAGAGUGAUGGGUGAGUUUGAACCAUCAACCAUUCAAUUAACAGCCAAGCUCUUAAUCACUGUGCCACCAUGGCUCCUUACCCUUGGGUUACACAUGUUGCUGUUGAGUAAAUUCUGACUCAUAGCGACCCUAUAGGACAGAGUAGAACUGCCCCAUAGGGUUUCCAGGGAGCACCUGGUAGAUUCGAGCUGCCGACCUAUUGGUUAGCAGUGGAACUCUUAAACACAAUUGCUUUGCAAACUGCUUGAAUCACUGAGGAGCUGUUCCAGGUAUUCAUGUUCCCUGGAUCCAAAUUAGUUCCUUUCAUGUUGCAGGUUUUCAACAAACAUUGGUUGAAUGAAUAAUUGCACAACAGGAGGUUACUCCUAACUUGCUGUUGGAUAUUGAGUAGCUUUUUUUUUUUAAAGCGAACUGAAGAAAUGAUAAAGUAAAAGAGCUGAACAGAAGAUUUCAAAGGACUUCUCAAGAAGAUGAAGUAAAGUAUUAUAGUGAAAUCUGCAAAGACCUGGAGUUAGAAAACCAAAAGGGAAGAACAUGCUUGGCAUUUUUUAAGCUGAAAGAACUGAAGAAAAAAAAUUGAGCUUCGAGUUGCAAUAAUGAAGGAUUCUGUGGGGAAAAUUUCCAGAGGUAGCAUAUGCUCGAGAGCUGAUGGUACUGAAGGAGGAAGUCCAAGCUGCAUUGAAGGGAAUGAGAAAAAAACAACGGUCCAGGAAUUGACAGACUACCAAGUAAGAUGUUUCAACAAAUGGUUGCAACGCUGGAGGUACUCACUCAUUUGUAUCAAGAAAUUUGGAAGACAGCUUCCUGGUCAACUAACUGGAAGAGAUCCAUAUUUGUGCCCAUUACAAAAAAAGGUGCUCCAAUAGAAGGCGGAAAUUAUCAAACAAUAUCAUUAAUAUCACACACACACAAAAAAAAACAAAAACCUGUUGCUGUCGAGUCGAUUACAACUCAUAGUGACCCUAUAGGACAGAGUAGAACUGUCCCAUAGGGUUUCCAAAGAACAGCUGGUGGAUUCAAACUACUGACCUUUUGGUUAGCAGCUGAAAGCUUAACGACUGCGCCACCAGAGAACUUGGGUGGCACAGGGGUUAAAGUGAUUAUCUCUGCAAACCAACAAGUCAACGGUUAGAAACCACCAGCAGCUCUGCAGGAGAAAGAUGUGGCAGUCUGCUUUCGUAGAGAUUUACAGCCUUGGAAACCUUAUGGAAUUGCUGUGAGUCAGAAUCGACUCAACAGCAGGGUGGAGAUGGGGGGGCAGGGAAUAAUAUCACACAGAAGUAAAAUUUUGCUGAAGAUCUUUCAAAAGCAAUCGCAACAGUACAUCGACAGGGAACUGUCAGAAGUUCAAGCCGGAUUCUGAAGAGGGCAUGGAACGCAGGGUGUCAUUGCUGGUGUCAGGUGGAUCUUGACUGAAAGGAGAGAAUACCAGAAAGCUGUUUACCUGUGUUUUGUUGACUAUGCAAAGGCAUUCGACUGUAUGGAUCAUAACAAAUUAUGGAUAACACUGUGAAGAAUGGGAAUUCUAGAAUGUUUAAUUGUACUCACGCAGAACCCAUACAUAGACCAAGAGGCAGUUGUUCAAAGAGAGCUAGGGAAUGCUGCGUGGCUUAAAGUCAGGAAAGGUGUGCGUCAGUGUUGUAUCCUUUUGCCAUACUUAUUCAAUCUGUAUGCUGAGCAAAUAACCUGAGAACCUGAAUUGUAUGUAGAAGAAUGCUGCAUCAGGAUUGGUGAAAGACUCAUGAACAACCUGCAGUACGCAGAUGACACAACUUUGCUUGCUGAAAGUGAAGAGAAUUUGAAGCACUUACUGAUGAAGAUCAAAGACUACAGUCUUUAGUAUGGAUUGCACCUCAUCAUAAAGAAAAUAAAAAUCCUCACAACUGGACCAAUAAGCCACAUCAUGAUAAACGGAGAAAAGAUUGAAGUUGUCAAGGAUUUCAUUUUACUUGGAUCCACAAUCAACUCCCAUGAAGUAGCAGUCGGGAAAUCAAAUGACGUAUUGCAUUGGGCAAAUCUGCUACAAAAGACCUCUUUCAAGUGUUGAAAAGCAAUGAUGAGGCUUGAAGGACUAUGGUGUGCCUGACCCAAGCCGUGGUAUUUAAAGUCACCCUAUAUGCAUGUGAAAGUUGGACAGUGAAUAAGGAAGAUCAAAGAAGAAUUGAUACCCUUGAAUUACGGUGUUGGUGAAGAGUAUUUAAUAUACCAUGGACUGCCAGAAGAAUGAACAAAUCUGUCUUGGAAGAAGUACAGCCAGAAUGUGCCUUAGAAGCGAGGAUGGCAAGACUUUGUCUCAUGGACUUGUUAUCAGGGAGACCAGUCUCUGGAGAAGGACAUCAUGCUUGGUAUAGGGUUAGUGAAAAAAGAGAUGGAUUGAUACAGGGGCUGCAACAAUGGGCUCAAGCAUAACAAUGUUUGUGACGAUGGCGCAGGGCCGGACAGUGUUUCAUUCCUUUGUGCAUUGGGUCGCUAUGAGUCGGAACCAACUUGACAGCACCUAACAACAAGUCAUUUAAAGCACUUAGAGGAAGAAGGAUAUUUAUAUUAACUACCUAGUAAAUUCUAUUUUAACUAUUUAAAAAAAAUGUGAAAUAGUAUUCUCUAGUCCCUCUGGAUUUAACAAAGUUUUCAUAGUUUUUUGUAAAUACUGUCCAUUUCCAUUGCCAUCGAGUUGUUUCCGACUCAUAGCGACCUUGUAGCACAGAGUAGAACUGCCACAGGGUUUCCAAGGAGCGCCUGGUGGUUUGGAACUGUCGACCUUUUGGUUCGUAGCCGUAGCUUUUCACCACUAUGGCACCAGGGUUUCCAUAAAGAGUGUAGAAUCUUGUAAAUUACAUUCAAAUUCCCUAAUAGGUGUUGUAUAUCCCCUAUGCGUGUAGACCAUGAGAUGUAACUAUCCAAAUACACUUUCACUAAAAUUUGACAAAGUAACUCCAACUUAAAAAAAAAAAAAAAUCCUAUUCUUAAAAACAAGUUUUGAGUUUGUCAGAGUAUUUAAAAAAAAAAAGCAAACUAUGUAUUACUGUGUAACAGUUAUCUCACAGUUUAAUAUCUUUACUUUUUAAAGCCUAGCUAUUAAAGUUUUUUUUUUUUUUUAAAGUUUAAGUGUUGUUAAGGACUUUAAUAGGUUUCUGUAGCACAGCUGCCAAGUUAUAACUUUCCAGAAUUUAAAGUAGUUCUUUAGUGCUAGAAGAACUACAUGUACUGAGGGUGUGCUUGCACUAGGGAAGUCCUAAAAGUGGUCACCACCAGAAAAAAAGUUAUUUAUUCCCUGAUGAACCACAAAACCAGGAGGUCAGUGACCAGGAAAAAGCUCGUGGCUGAAACCAUCCUAAGGGAUUGCGUUGCUUAGGAAAUCAGUGAGAAGUUGGUGAGCAUUUGGUCUCUUGCCCAAGGCCAUAUUAUUCAAGUGUUCUUGCCAAAUUAGCCCAUUUCUGCCUCUGAAAGGAUAGAAGCCGCCCCACACACCCGGUGAAGAUUGUUCCACUCAAUCUCAUCCUACACCCAGAGAAGCAAAUCCAUAGUCGGCGCACGGGCACACACACACACGCGCGCGCACACACACACACACACACACACAAAAACGGGGAAAAAAGCAAGCGGAGAGGUAAAGAGUUGCAGAGUGGGGACCAGCAGGAGCAAGAAUUGCGCGCCAAGCCCCGCCCCUGUUUCCUAGGUAACUGGGUAAACAGUCAUCCGUCUACUUUUCCCUGUGAACUCAGCUAGAUGUUAAGUGGUGGGCAGAAACAGUGGGCAGGGAGUCCGAGUGGGGAUGUGCUCUUUCGUGAGAGUGGGGUCCCCUAAGGGAAUGAAGUCCCCCAGGGAAAUGAGAACUUCCCUUGAGCCAGGCGCAGCUUUCCCACUAGAGAUGAGCCCCUUUGGUGGAAUGAACGUGCCUGGCGGGACAUCUCUGAGCGCGGAGGUCGGGCUCACCCACCCAGGCAAGGAUGAUUUAGGAAACAGGAGGGUUCUCAUGGGAACACAAUAUCCCACGGAGUUGGGGCUUGGAGUAGGGUUAGGAAAAGAAGAAUCCCGAUGGGGAGAGAGCCCCAUGGUUAAUACUAAGUAUGAGAAGAGGAUGGAGCCGCAAGAAACAAAAUCUCCACUGAGCAAGGGCCUUGAAAUAGGAUUAGAAAAACAGAGUAUUUCUGGGCUAGAGUUGAAAAUCCCCACGAAGUGGGAUCAUUUAGGAGUGAACAAGGUCUCAGUCUCUCAGGAAACAAAACCUUCUCUGGGAAUGUUGCCAGGAAGAAUGGGGUUAGAAAAUAAGUGUCUUCUGGCAGGAUGUCCCCAUGGAAGGAUAAUACAGCCUCCCUUGCAUAUGGAGUGCGGAAGUCCACAGGUUCUAGAGAGCAGGAGAGGGCCUGUGGCUAGUGCCCUUGAAGGGACAGAGGCGUCAGUGGGAAAGCAGCCUGCUUUGGGUAUUGAACCUAGACAGGAACUGGAGAAAGACUCUGCCUGUGUUUUGAUGAAGCCCAGUGCAGAGAUGAUGCGUCCAGUGGAUGUGGACACUGGGCUACCCCAACCAGAGGAGCCAGAGCCCCAGAUGGGCUUAGUGAUAGAACCCCCUGUAUGCCAGUUUGCCCAGCAACCUGAAGAGAAAAAGGAGGAGGCUGAGAACACUGAACUAGGGGUGGAACCUCCACAUUGCAUCAGACCCAUAUACUCUGGAAAAUUUUUUGAUCGAACGCCUCACUGGCCAAGUGCAGGAAAAGUUACUCCGAUUGGAUACAGAGUUUCAAACUGCUUGACUGAAAAACUUCCCAGGCUCAUCACUCCACCUGAGGCAAAAAAGUUUUUCAACUUCAGAUAUCCACCUGCUGGAGCUGAAAGAGUGUUUUAUGGCAGAGCAAACGAUCCUCAGAUUGCGCCUACUUUGACCCAUGGCAUAAAAUCUAUACGCUCAAUACCGGCAAGCAUGUUGAUAAAUCCACAGCCUAUUACCACAUUUCAACAAAAAAUUAAAGAUAAAAAAGAAUCUAUAUAUUUUAGCAAUCGACGAGCACCAUUAGGAAAAUCUCAUGACCAGACACCAGGAUUUCCUAAAGGAAUGGAUAUGAUCAAUACGACCUUUGGGACAGCAGUCAUCAGAGAAGUCUCAGCUAGAGAUGUGGUGAAUCCACCAAAAUCCUACGAAAAAGUAUUUAAAGAAGGAAAAGAAGGGCAUGAUCUGUAUGUUGUUUCUCACAAUGACUAUAGUGCAGGGGAAGCAAAGAACAGAAAGUAUAACCCAUCAAGUUUCCAUAGGUUUAACUUGUAUGGAGUCCCAACACCACAUUUUAAUGAUGGACGAACCAUGGCAAAAACUUUGUAUUGGCUCCAUGAACUACAAAUCAAAAGAGGCGCUAAGGUUGUAUCCAAGAGAGUCGAUGAUUUCAAGGAAAAGUUUCAACAUCAGCUCGGAAGAGUUUUAGACCCCAUUGCAGAAACAAUGAAUGUUCUCCCAGACCACACAUUUGGAGCUUGCCUCCGUCCUGAGGAGUAUGGAGUUGGUGAUCUCAUCCACAAUAGACUUCCGGGUGAAUAUCUUCGAGGCAAGGACAGACAGAGAGCCAUGCUUGCCGCGGUUCGACAUCACCUGAAGACAGUCAACUGCCAAAAGUUUGACACCUUGCUGGCAGCCUUCAGGCACUAUGACAAGAAGGGAGAUGGGAUGAUAGAUAAAGCUGAGCUGCAGGAAGCUUGUGACCAGGCCAGCCUGCAUUUAGAUGAAAAACUCCUGGACCAGCUAUUUGACUACUGUGAUGUGGAUAAAGAUGGCAUGAUUAACUACUUAGAAUUCGCAAAUUUUCUUAACUGGAAAGACAAAAUGCCUCUUAAAGAAUAUGAAGAGAGGGUCAUUAUUAAAGGUCGUAAACAAGAUUGUACAAAACCUACUGAAUCUAAUGUUCCAGAAUCUGAACCAGCUCUCCUGAUAAAGCCUGAUGAUGUGGUCUUAAAAGAACCAGGGAGCUCAGAAAAGACACUUCGGACACUUCUGAGACCAAGUGAUAAGGUGUCUAAUGAAUAUAAGACGUCUUCUUCUGAGAUCAGCGCAGUUGUGGGAGCCGUUCCUUCUGUCUGUUAUCCUAUCUAUGGUGUUCCAACCGUUCGGUCUGAUAUUCCUGCCCCCCGGAUUCGUCGGGUCAGCGAUAGAACUAAUUAUGGUGAAGAGGGCAAUGCUUAUUCUUUACUACAUCCUACCGUCUUCAGCCAGAAAGGAGUAUAUGAAAGGGACUUCUUCAAGACCAGAUCAAAAGAAGAGAUUGCACAGAUAUUAUGUAACAUUGGUGUCAAGCUUUCUGAUGAAGAAUUUGAAAAUGUGUGGAAUCUCGCAUCAAAAAAACAUCACAGCGGAGAGGUUUGUGUAGAGAGCAUCAGAAACGUUCUAGAUGAGCUACAGCAUGCAGACCGGAUCAAGUGUAAAACAACCAUGUGAUAUUUUCGAGUUCAUUCAUUCAAACAAAAGAAUUGCUAAAUUUAUAUACCUGUUGUUCAUCUAAAAUAUU